AGUUCAUCUCCAAACGAUCACCAAGGAAGAUCACAGAAUUUUCUCAGCAACGACGUUGUAAUCUGUGAAAAGAUCAUCUUCAAAGGGAAGUGCGCGAAUCUCAAUUUUCUCCAUAUCGCGAGGAAAUUAUUUGUUUAAAACAAAUUGCUUGUAAAAGUCCAAUUGCAGGGAAAGUUUUAGCGCAAUUUCGCUAGGAAUUUUAUUGAUCGUUAAAUUUUUAAUGAGAUUGUUUAAUGAUCUUUCAAUGUGAAUUGAGUAAUUUGUAAUUUAUGCCUCUCGAUCUUUCUAAUUCAUUUUGAAUGAUUAAUUGCGCGAUGUGUGCUCAUCAACUGUUGAACUGACUGACCAAAAAUACCUUUCGCACCUAAUUUUAGAAGGAAAAUUCAUUGGAUAUCAGUGAUCUCAAUUUGCGUAUAUUUCCUCCCUGAAAAUCUUUAAUCACACUGCGAUCCUCGAGUUUAAAAUCUUUAAUAAAAAGAGGUUUUUAAGACGUCUUCUCAAUAAACAAAAAGAUCAUGGAGGGUGAAAUUGAGCCCAAAAUGGGAAAUUGUGUUAUUUGUGGUGUUGAGUGUGAGAAAAAAUGUGCCAGUUGUCAUAGAGUUUUUUACUGCAGUGUUGAACAUCAACGAGAUGAUUGGAAGAGUCACAAGAAGUCCUGCCCAGUCUAUCGGAUUUGCCACGAUGGGACAAUUGGCCGGUUCUUAGUGGCAACGCGGAAUAUAAAAUUCGGCGAUGUUGUCCUCAAAGAAGCCCCUCUUGUUGUUGGACCAUCGCAAUUGACAGCACCUGUGUGCCUAGGAUGCUUGCAGGAAGUAAAUGAGCGAACAAUGAUAAAAUGCGCAAAAUGCGGAUGGCCAAUGUGCAGCAAAGACUGCCAAGAAGCACCAAAUCAUGCUGAAGAGUGCAAAUUAUCAGCAGCACGUGGUGGUGUUACAAUUGAGCAUUUUGUAGCACCACAUCCAAUCUACCAGUGUAUCCUAACACUGAGAUGCCUCCUAAUGGAGCAAUCUUGCCCCGAAAAAUGGGAAAAAAUCUCUCAACUUGAGAGUCACAACGACAGAAGGAAGGAUUCACAGCAAUGGCUAAGUGAUCGUGAGUAUGUUGCAAAGUUCAUCCCAAAAUUCUUCAAAAUCCCCGAAAGGUGGAAAGAGGAGGAAAUUAUGCGAAUCCUUGGGAUUGUCUACAUCAAUGGGCAUGAAGUUCCCCUCACAGAUCCCGCAUAUGUUGCAAUUUAUGCUACUGCAUCAUUCUUUGAGCACUGCUGCUGUGCCAAUGUGGCUAAAAGUUUCACUGAUUCCGGUGAUGUUGUCUUCUGGGCCGCCAGAAAUAUUAAGAAGGAUGAGCAUUUGAGUAUUUGCUACACAGAUGCCCUCUGGGGUACACAGGCACGUCAGGAGCAUCUUCAGCAGACAAAAAUGUUCUCAUGCAAUUGCUACAGAUGCAUGGAUGUAACGGAAUUAGGAACGAAUUUCAGUGCAAUUAAAUGUGAAGCUUUCCGCGAAGCUGGUGCUCCUGGAUGCGAUGGGUUGUUACUGCCAGAAGGACCGCUGGCGUGGUCCAAGGAGUGGAUGUGUCGUAAAUGCCAGCGAAAAAUUACAUGCAAACACAUUGAGGAGCUUGUGGAGAAAGCCGGGCACGAUGCUGUGGAGAUGAAGGAAAGCCUCCGUGGUUGCCAGGAAUUUCUCCGGAAAUAUGAAAAGAUUUUAUCUCCAAAUCACUUUAUAAUGUGUGACGUAAAGUGUGUUAUGGGGCAGAAGAUUGGCGAAGGAAAUCCACAGGAAUUGCAAAAUAUCCCAAUGGAUAUGCUCGAAAUGAAGGGGAAGCUUUGCAAUGAAAUGCUCGAACUUUUUGCUCUUCUUGCUCCUGCGGAAAAUCGUUCUCAUGGCUGUAUGCACUUUGAACUGCACGCUGCAUUGGCUGAGAUGGCAAGAAGAGGUGCUGAAUGCGGUAUAGAUUGCAAGGAUAUCCUGGAAAAGUCCCUUUGGCAUGCUCAGAAGGCAACUCAGUGGCUCGAAAAGGAACCCUCUGUCCUUGUUGAGGGAAAAAUUUGUGCCCAAGCAAAGAUAAAUGUUAAUUCCCUCAAAAUUGUCCUCAAAAUGCAUAAUCCUUCCACAUAAAUCUCUCAUCCUCUACAAAAAGGACAAUUUCCCCCUCAAUGACCUACCCCUAAGGAUUCAAAAUAAAACAAACUCCCAGUUUAUUAACAGAAAA